AUGGGCAGCAGAUUCGAGAAAUUCUCAGAACGGGCACGGCGGGUUUUGUCCCUCGCCCAAGAAGAGGCGCAGCGGUUCAACCACAACUACAUCGGUACCGAGCACAUCCUGCUGGGUCUGGUACGUGAAACCGAGGGCGUAGCCGCUCGAGUCCUGUCCGGCCUCACCGUAGAUCUGACCAAGGUGCGGUCGGCGGUGGAAUUCAUCAUCGGUCGUGGCGAACGCCCGGCGCAGGGCGAAAUCGGCCUGACCCCACGCGCCAAGAAGGUCGUCGAGUUGGCGGUUGACGAAGCGCGCCGGAUGAAUCACACCUACAUCGGCACCGAGCACCUGCUGAUCGGGUUGCUCCGAGAAGGCGAGGGAGUCGCGGCCGGCGUCCUGGAAAGCCUGGGCGUUAACUUGGAAAAGGUGCGCGCGGAAACCCAUCGCAUUCUCAGCAAUUCCAGCACCGGCACCUCCAGCAGCACCCGUUCCACGACGCGCACGCCAACUCUGGACCAGUUGGGUGUUGACCUGACCAACGCCGCCCUCGGCGGCAAGCUGGAUCCGGUUAUCGGUCGCGACACCGAAAUCGAGCGCGUAACCCAGAUUCUGAGUCGACGCACCAAGAACAAUCCGGUGCUAGUAGGGGAGCCGGGCGUUGGCAAAACUGCCAUCGUCGAGGCAAUGGCCCAGCAAAUUUCUUCCGGCAAUGUGCCGGAGACCCUCCAGGGCAAGCGUCUGGUUACUCUGGACAUGGGCGCCCUGGUUGCCGGUACUAAAUAUCGCGGCGAAUUCGAAGAGCGACUCAAGAAGGUCAUCGAGGAGAUCAAAGUCUCGGGCAACUGCGUUCUGUUCAUCGACGAAAUCCAUACCAUCGUCGGGGCGGGCGCGGCGGAAGGCGCGGUAGAUGCGUCCAAUAUCCUCAAGCCUUCCCUGGCGCGCGGUGAAAUUCAGUGCAUCGGCGCUACUACGCUGGACGAUUACCGCAAGUAUGUUGAACGCGACCCGGCGUUGGAACGCCGCCUGCAACCGGUAAGGGUGGAAGAGCCCGAUGCCGAUAUGACGGUGAGUAUCCUGCGCGGGGUGAAAGGUCAGUACGAAGACCACCACAACGUUGAUAUUACGGAAGAAGCGGUGCAGGCGGCGGCUACGUUGUCCACCCGCUACAUUCCUGACCGGUUCCUGCCGGACAAGGCGAUUGACCUGCUCGACGAGGCCGGUUCCCGCGUGCGUCUGCGCGGUAGCCACGCUCCCCAGGAAGUCAAGGAUGCAAUGGAAGUCCUGGAGCGUGUGCGGAAGGAAAAGGACGAAGCUAUUGCGUCGCAGCAGUACGAAGUCGCCGCCGAGUUGCGGGAUCGUGAGCUCCACCUCACCGAGAACGUGGGCGACCUGGAGCGCGACUGGAAGGCCGGCCGCUCCAAGGAACGAACGCAAGUUACCGAAGAAGACAUUGCGGAAGUAGUGAGCAUGUGGACCGGCAUUCCGGUUACACGACUUGCUCAGGAGGAGACCGAGCGUCUGCUCCACAUGGAAGAAGACCUGCACAAGCGCAUCAUCGGCCAGGACGAGGCCAUCGUUGGCAUCGCUCGGGCAGUGCGGCGAGCCCGGGCCGGCCUGAAGGACCCGCGGCAUCCCAUCGGGGUGUUCCUGUUCCUUGGACCUACCGGGGUCGGCAAGACAGAAUUGGUGCGGGCAAUGGCCGAGUUCAUGUUUGGCCACGAGGACAACAUGAUUCGCCUGGAUAUGUCCGAAUUCCAGGAGCGGCACACCACUGCCCGGCUGAUCGGUGCGCCUCCGGGAUACGUUGGUUACGACGAGGGAGGCCAGUUGACUGAAGGCGUUCGCCGGAAGAACUAUUGCGCCGUCUUGCUGGACGAAAUCGAAAAGGCGCAUCCGGACGUUUUCAACAUCCUCCUGCAAAUCUUUGAUGCCGGCCAGUAA